AUGCUACCACAAGUGUUCUAUGAGCAUGUCAUCAGGGACUACAAAUCAGCCAGUAAGGAAUUAAAAAAACUAGAAGAGGAUGACAAUAAGGUUUCUGAACUAAAAGCCAGUAUUAAAGCUUUUGACGAUUCUGUUACUGAUAAUUUAAAAGUUCUAAAACAGUAUAGAGAAAACUCAAAAGAAUAUCUCGACAACCUCUAUGGUAAAAAUGAUAUAGGAUUGGUGCUAAAAUUUAUACUAAACGGGAAUUUGGUGCAUCUGGUUCAUGAGUUUCUAUUGAUUUACAUAGGAAGAGGAAUCAUCUCGAGUCCAACAAACCUGGAAAUUGUGUCUAUCACUUUAGAGGCAAUUGUUGGCCAAACGAUUCCUCAGAGUAUUGUUGAAAUUGCAUUCAUGAGGCUCAUGGAUACAGUUUCGCGAAACUUUCCAGACGAUGAAGAAGUCGGAAUAUCUACAUGUAAUUUUUUGGCCAGAUCUGUGAUUGAUGGAAUAAUAUCUAGUUCCUAUCUUAGAACGUUAAGAACGUUGCACGCUGGGCGUAUUGCUGGUUACGGCAUCUUGGUAAAGACUUUAAGAUGGCUCGACGCUAAUACGAUUCCAGUGCCAAAAGUUAAAUGCACAGUGUAA